AUGUCAAAAUGGCAACUCAUGAAAAAGCAGCUGCCACACCGAGAAAAACCCACUGGCAAGAGCAAAGUUGUGGCCGCGGCUGGGCACAGCCGGGCCCCCGAGCCGCCCCACGCGCGGUCCCCACCCGCGUCACCGCCGUCCGCAGCUGAGGGGACGCUGCCGCUUCCGCUGCGCCCGCCAGGGGGCGGGCCUCCGCCGCCACGCGCGGCUCUGCGCACGCGCCCCGGAGCGGCGGGCGGGCUGCGGGCGGCGCUGGCGGCGGCGGCGGAGCGCGCGGGCGGCGGCGGCCGCGUGGGGCUGUGCGUGCUGUGCGGGCUGCCGGCGGCCGGCAAGUCCACGCUGGCCCGCGCCCUGCGCCGCCGCCUCCCGCAGCGCCCGGGCUGGGCCUGCGCUCUGCUCACUUACGACGAGCUCAUCCCGCCGGAGGCCUUCCGCCCGGAGGAGGCGGGGCCGGAGCCCGAGGGGCCGUCCCCAUUGCUGCCCCGCUGGAAGCGGAACCGACGAGAGCUGCUGCAGUGCCUGGAGAUUUUGCUGCGGACGCUGCUGCCCGGGGCCGGGCCGCCGGACCCCGCUGUCCCCCCGCAGCCGGCCUGGGAGCGAUUCCGCGCCUGCUGCCAGCGACAGGGGCUUCUCCCCUCCGCCGAAGGACUCCCCGGAACCGCCGACGCGUCCAGGCCGCUCUACUUGAUCUUGGAUGACAACUUUUAUUACCAGAGCAUGAGAUACGAGGUGUACCAGCUGGCUCGCAAGUAUUCCUUGAGCUUCUGCCAGUUAUUUUUAGAGUGUCCACUUGAAUUGUGCUUGAAGAGAAAUCGUUUGAGAAGUCAUCCGUUACCUGACCAGACAAUAUAUUUAAUGGCACAGAGAAUAGAAAUGCCAGAUCUCAAGAAAAACACUUGGGAAGAGAAUAGCCUCAUUCUGAGAAGUUUUGAUUGCUCAUCAGAGGAUAAUGAGCAGAUAAUUAGUUUGCUGGCCACUGCUUUGGAAAAUCCAGUGAAGCAAAUUGAAGAGAAUGCUGAGCAAAAGGAUGCAGACCGAGCCCUGUGUGCAGCCAGCACUGUCCAUCAGGCUGACCAGGCCUGCAGGCGCCUCAUCUCCCAGGCCAUGAAGGAUGCCAAAGAUAAAAAAGUGCCCCAAAGUGAGAUGAAGAGCCUGGCAGAAGAACUCAACAAACUCAAAGCAGGGUUUUUGGAAGGCUUGCGGCAAGGAAGCCAUUUGAAAAGCCAAGCUUGCAGCCAAAACCAGUCCUCUGACCCUGCUACCACUGCCAUUUCUGCAUUCCAACAUGAGGCAACCAAUGUAGUUAAUAAAUAUAUUUUAAAGUAA